GGCCAAGCACGUGGGUGUCGAAAUUCCCGAUGGCGGCAGGAUCGAGGCAGAGUCCUGUCAACAUCGAAACCGAUCGCGUAGAAUCCGACCACGAGGCUUUGAGCAGCAAACCCCUGCGGUGGAAGUAUCCAGCAACUGCUUCCCGGAAGCUCGUUAAUCCAGGUUAUUGUUGGCGGAUGGACACCGAUGGCGAGGGCACGUUUCUGAGCGGUGGACCUUUGAUGGACGACGUCUACAAACUGGAGCAGUACCAUUGUCACUGGGGAUGUAGCGACUCGAGAGGAUCCGAGCACACUGUCAACGGACAGGCCUUCGCUGGAGAGUUGCAUCUGGUGCAUUGGAAUACAAGCAAAUACAACACAUUCGCGGAAGCUGCGAAAGCAUCUGAUGGCCUUGCGGUCCUCGGCUUGUUCCUCAAGGUUGGUAAUUAUUCUCUAUGAUACACCGUUUCCCGAUCUCUAACUAUUCUUAUACAGCAUAGCAAUCUAUACUUACGAUAGUCUACAUACGCGCGCGUUUAUUUAAUUAUUUACUUUGGCUUUGCCGCUGUUGCGAGUAAGAUGCAAAUAUCAAGAAGCACGUUGUGUAUAUUUUUAACAUAUGUGGCAAAGGUUACGUAUUGGAGAAUCGAGAAAGGGAAAAUGACACGACAAUAAUUAAAUAGACAUUUAUAUAGGUAGACAU